CGGGGUUGAUUGAUUUCCAACUGCCUGACCGCAGGGAAGACAGGAAAUACUAGCUCCUCAUUCUAUUAUUCUCUGUUAGUGAAACCAUUUCUUCUAUACUGUUUCUAUCAUCAUCCAUACUCUCUUGAAUCAUUUGACUGUGAUCAUCACAUGUCUGACAUAAGUGAUCUAAGUAAUGCUUGCAUACAGUCCUUAAGAAAUGUGAACUCCAAUCUCAGUAGAAGAAGAUGUCGCUUGGCUUUCACAACCAUCUAUUCUUCAAGAGCCUUUUCACUUCUUAACAGGCCAUCAAACUCCCAAGUCUACACGGAAAUCAACCAGUCUAGCCUCACCAAACUCGUUAAGGACAAAGAUUUAGGCUACCUAGAGAAAGUUGGUGGCGUAAACGCUGUAAUUUCCCGUCUGGAGACGGAUGUGGAGUACGGAAUAGACGAAGACCAUGCAGAUGCCAUUUCCCGCCGCCAGGAAACCUACGGCAUGAAUACUUAUAAUAGGUAUCGGGCAAAGGGGUUUCUAAGGUUUGUACUGGAAGCCUUGGUAGAUGCAAUAGUGAUCGUUAAUAUUCUUGCAGUUGCCUUGUCUUUUGUUUUUGGCAUCAAGAAACAUGGACCUAAAGAAGGAUGGUACGAGGGUGGAAGUAUAGUUGGAGCGCUUUAUCUCGUGAUCAUUGUCUCAGCUAUUUGUAACUACUGGCAAAGCAGGCAGUUGGACAAGUUGUACCAACUUCGUAACAAUAUUCAAGUGAAAGUCGUAAGACACAGACGGCAUCAGCAGAUAUCAAUUUUUGAUGUUGUUGUUGGAGAUGUUGUUUUCUUGAAUAUUGGUGAUCAAGUGCCUGCGGAUGGAUUGUUUGUCGCGGGUCAUUCUCUACUAAUUGACGAGUCAAGCAUGAUUGGGGAAUCUUAUCGUGUGGAAAUCAAUCAAAAGAAUCCAUUUUUGCUUUCAGGUACCAAAGUAGCAGAUGGAUAUGCGAGUUUGCUGGUCACUUCAGUUGGAAUGAACACGAAAUGGGGUGAGAUGAUGAGUUCAAUCAGCCAAGAAUCUGGUUGCGAAAUGCGUCUUCAUGCCAGGAUCAACAAGCUCAACUCCUUAUCAGGUAUAAUCAGUUUGUUUGCUUCUUUUCUAGUGAAUCUAGUCUUGAUGCUUAGGUUUUUUACCGGUCAUACAAAAGAUGAGAAUGGAAAAACUGAGUUUAACGGAAGCAUGACUAAGGUUGACACUGUGAUCAAUGGAGUAGGGGAUACUAUCAUAUCUGCAAUUAGCAUUCUGUUUGUUACCAUUCCUGAGGGAUUGCUAAUGGCGGUCACCCUUGUACUUGCUUACUCAAUGAAGAGAAUGAUGGUUGGUCAAGCUAUGGUGAGAAAGCUCUCUGCUUGUGAGACUAUAGGCUCUACCACAACUAUUUGUACGGGUAAAACGGGUACACUCACGAUGAAUGAGAUGAAGGUGACAAAGUUUUGUCUUGGACAAAAAUUUAUAGAUGAAAGUCAUUUGGUUUCUAAUGAUUCCAAUAAUAUUCUUGAAUUCCUCCACCAAGGAGCUGGUUUGAACACUACUGGUGGUGUUUACAAGCCCAAUUCAAGAUCCGAGUUGGAGUUCUCAGGUAGUCCUACUGAAAAGGCGAUCCUUUCAUGGGCUGUCUUCGAAUUAAAAGUCGGUAUGGAAGAACUGAAAAGAAGUUUUAAUGUUAUACACGUGGAAGCAUUCAACACAAUAAAGAAGAGAAGCGGGAUUCUGUUGAAGAAAAUUGUAGACAAUACUUUGCAUGUCCAUUGGAAAGGAGCUCCAGAAAAUAUAAUAGCAAUGUGUUCUCACUAUUAUGAUGCCUUUGGGAAUGUGAUUGCUUUAGAUGAUUCUGAAAGGGAGAAAUUCGAUCGACUUGUUCAAGGCAUGGGUGCAAGUAACCUCCGCUGCAUUGCAUUUGCACAUAAACAAGUUCCAGAGCAUGAAUAUUAUAAUGGAGAUGUGAAAUUUAAAGAGGAAAACCUGAUCCUAUUGGGUGUAGUUGGGAUGAAGAAUCCGUGCCGACCUGAGGUGUGGAAAGCUGUCCAAGAUUGUCAACAAGCUGGUGUGAAUGUAAUGAUGAUCACUGGAGACGAUGUAUCUACUGCAAAAGCAAUAGCCACCGAGUGUGGGAUACUUAAAUUUAAUCAAGACAUAGAUACCAAGGACAUGUACAAUGGACUGGUGGUUGAGGGCAGCGAAUUUCGAAACUACACUCUAGAGGAGCAAAUGGAAAAAGUUGAAAGAAUUCGUGUGAUGGCAAGAUCAUCUCCUGAAGACAAGCUUUUAUUAGUACAGCGCCUCAAAGAGAAGGGACACAUAGUUGCGGUUACCAGUCAUGACACCAAUGAUGCACCUGCGCUAUUAGUAGCUGAUAUUGGUCUCUCGAUGGGGAUUGCAGGCACUGAAGUUGCGAAGGAAAGCUCAGAUAUUGUUAUACUAGAUGAUAAUUUCGCAACUGUUGUCAAUGUAUUAAGAUGGGGAAGAUGUAUAUACAAAAACAUCCAAAAAGUCAUUCAGUUCCAGCUCACAGCAAAUGUGACAGCUCUUGUAAUUAACUUUGUGGCGGCUGUUUCAACGGGUGAAGUACCAUUAACAGCAGUGAAGUUAGUAUGGAUAAAUCUCAUUAUGGACAGUUUGGGCGCGCUUGCUCUUGCAACUGAAGAACCGACCGAGGCACUUAUGGAAAAAUGGCCUGUAGGUCAUAAAGAGCCGCUGAUAUCAAAUAUUAUGUGGAGAAACUUGAUAGCUCAAGCCGUGUAUCAGAUAAUAGUCCUGUUGACAUUGCAAUUUGGAGGCAAAACAAUUUUUAAUGCUAGCAAGAAGGUAAAAGAUACAUUGAUAUUUCAUACAUUUGUUCUUUGUCAGGUUUGUAAUAAGUUCAACUGUAGGAAGCUAGAAAAAAAGAAUGUUUUUGUGGGAAUGCACAAAAACAAACUAUUUCUCGAAAUUAUUGGAGUUACAAUCAUUCUUCAAGCUUUGAUGAUAGAGUUCUUAGUGAAAUUUGCUGAUACAGAGAGGCUGAGUUGUGGACAGUGGGGAGCAUGUACAGGUAUUGCUGUUUUGUCAUGGCCUAUUGGUUUCCUGGUGAAGUUACUUCCUGUUCCAGAAAGGCCAUUUUGCUGCUUUUGAAUUGAUUCUAUAUACUGGCUUGUUGAUUGUGCCAAAUAUAGAAAGCACUCUUUUGUAUAAAUGAAAUAAAAUAAUUUAGAAGGUGUUGUGGUAAGUCGAAUGAA